AAUUUUAAAAUUAAUAUCAAAGAAAAAAUAGUCCUAUAUCUGUGCUGCACUCUCUCUCUCUCUCGCUUAUUAUUUGCUCCCCUAAAUUUUCUGGUGCGCAGUGUUCUCUCCACAAUCAUCUCUCCAGACAACACACACACACUCUCUCUUUCUCUCUCGAUAGAUACAGAUAUAUAAUAUAAUCAGUUAUUGUCGUCGUCGGUGGUGGUGGUGGAGAUGGCGGGAAAUGAUUGGAUAAACAGUUACUUGGAAGCGAUAUUAGAUUCAGGACCAGGAUUGGAGGAUGCGAAAUCAUCUCUGUUGUUGAGGGAGAGAGGAAGGUUUAGUCCUACUCGUUACUUCGUUGAUAAUGUCAUUGGUUUUGAUGAAACUGAUCUUCAUCGCUCCUGGAUUCGUGCACAAGCAACAAGGAGUCCUCAGGAGAGGAACACUAGAUUGGAAAAUAUGUGCUGGAGGAUUUGGAAUUUGGCUCGCCAGAAGAGAUUGCUUGAGGAGAAGGAAGCUCAGAGGCUUUCUAAACGUCAUAUGGAACGUGAAAAAGGUCGCAGAGAAGCAGUUGCUGAUAUGUCUGAAGACUUGUCAGAAGGGGAGAAAGGUGAUGCCGUGGGUGAUAUUUCUGCACAUGGUGAGAGCAAUAGAGGUCGAUUGCCUAGAAUCAGUUCUGUUGAUACAAUGGAAGCAUUUGCUAAUCAGCAAAGAGGGAAGAAGAUGUACAUCGUGUUAAUAAGCUUGCACGGGCUAAUACGAGGUGAAAAUAUGGAACUUGGCCGUGAUUCUGAUACUGGUGGACAGGUUAAGUAUGUUGUUGAACUUGCCAGAGCUUUAGGCUCAAUGCCGGGUGUUUAUCGGGUCGAUCUGUUGACUAGGCAAGUAUCAUCACCAGAUUUAGAUUAUAGUUAUGCCGAACCCACAGAGAUGCUUCCUCCGAGAGACUCUGAAGAUUUUAUGGGCGAAAUGGGAGAGAGUAGUGGUGCUUACAUUGUCCGAAUUCCAUUUGGUCCAAAAGAUAAAUACAUUGCAAAAGAACUUCUGUGGCCCCAUGUGCAUGAAUUUGUUGAUGGUGCGCUUAACCACAUAUUACAGAUGUCUAGAGUUCUUGGCGAACAAAUUGGAGGUGGUAAUCCAGUCUGGCCAGUUGCCAUCCAUGGGCACUAUGCAGAUGCAGGUGACUCUGCCGCUCUACUAUCUGGCGCUUUAAAUGUUCCCAUGCUUUUUACUGGCCAUUCCCUCGGUCGAGAUAAAAUGGAACAGCUUCUCAGACAAGGCCGAUUAUCAAGAGAUGAGAUUAAUUCAACAUAUAAAAUCAUGCGGAGGAUUGAGGCAGAGGAGUUAGCCCUUGAUGCCUCUGAAAUAGUUAUAACUAGUACUAGGCAGGAGAUUGAAGAGCAAUGGCGCUUGUAUGAUGGUUUUGAUCCGGUAUUGGAGCGUAAACUUCGAGCAAGAAUCAGGCGGAAUGUGAGCUGUUAUGGCAGGUUUAUGCCUCGUAUGGCUGUGAUUCCUCCAGGGAUGGAAUUCCAUCAUAUUGUUCCUCAUGAUGGUGAUAUUGAUGGCGAAACUGAAGAAGGGGAAGAUCACCAAGCCUCCCCAGAUCCACCUAUAUGGGCUGAGAUAAUGCGCUUCUUCACUAAUCCAAGAAAGCCGAUGAUACUAGCCCUUGCUAGACCAGAUCCUAAGAAGAAUCUAACAACGUUGGUCAAAGCAUUCGGAGAAUGUCGUCCAUUGCGAGAGCUUGCUAAUCUGACGCUGAUAAUGGGCAACCGAGAUAAUGUUGAUGAGAUGUCGAGCACAAGUGCUUCUGUGCUUCUAUCAAUACUCAAGCUGGUUGAUAAGUAUGAUCUCUAUGGUCAAGUAGCAUAUCCUAAGCACCACAAGCAGGCUGAUGUCCCAGACAUAUAUCGUUUAGCAGCAAGAACAAAGGGUGUUUUUAUAAAUCCUGCAUUCAUCGAGCCGUUUGGGCUUACUCUUAUUGAGGCGGCAGCUCAUGGUUUGCCCAUGGUGGCCACUAAAAACGGAGGCCCAGUUGAUAUUCACCGGGUACUUGAUAAUGGACUUCUUGUUGAUCCCCAUGAUGAGCAAUCUAUUGCAGAUGCUCUUCUAAAACUGGUAUCAGAGAAACACCUUUGGGCAAAAUGCCGACAAAAUGGACUGAAAAAUAUCCACCUCUUUUCAUGGCCAGCGCAUUGCAAAACGUAUCUUUCUAAAAUAGCAGCCUGCAAACCAAGACAGCCACGAUGGCUUAAAACUGAUGAUGACGAUGAUGAAAAUUCAGAAUCGGAGUCACCAAGUGAUUCUCUGAGAGAUAUACAGGAUAUAUCUUUGAACUUAAAGUUUUCUCUGGACGGUGAGAGGAAUGAUGGCAGAGGAAAUGAUGAACAUUCUCUCGACCCAGAAGAUCAAAAGAGUAAACUGGAAAGUGCUGUUUUGACAUGGUCAAAGGGUGGCAUGAAGGGGUUACAAAAGUCAGGUUCCACAGAGAAAGGGGAUCAGAAUACAGGGUCUGGAAAGUUCCCUGCUUUGAGGAGGAGGAAGUAUAUCUUUGUGAUUGCUGUAGAUUCUGAUGCUAUUGCAGAUCUUUUUGAGAGUGUUAGAAUGAUAUUUGCAGCUGUGGAAAAGGAGAGGACUGAAGGUUCUAUAGGAUUCAUAUUGGCUACAUCCUUUACAAUGUCAGAAGUGCACUCUUUUCUGGUCUCUGAGGGUGUUAGCCCAACUGAUUUUGAUGCUUACAUCUGCAAUAGUGGUGCAGAUCUCUAUUAUUCAUCUCCUCAAUCAGAAGAGAAUCCAUUUGUUGUUGAUUUGUAUUAUCAUUCACACAUCGAGUACCGUUGGGGUGGAGAAGGGUUGAGAAAGACUUUGGCUCGCUGGGCUGCUUCUAUUGUUGAUAAGGAAGACCCUGAAAAACAAGUGGUUACAGAAGAUGGGAAGAUUUCAACAGACUAUUGUUAUGCUUUUAAAGUCAGGAAGCCUGAACUGGUUCCUCCUGUAAAGGAAAUUCGGAAGUUAAUGAGAAUCCAUGCUCUCCGUUGUCAUGUUAUUUAUUGUCAAAAUGGGAGGAAAAUAAAUGUGAUUCCAGUUCUGGGAUCUCGUUCUCAGGCCCUCAGGUAUUUAUAUCUUCGAUGGGGUAUGGACUUGUCCAAUAUGGCCGUCUUUGUUGGAGAAAGUGGCGAUACUGAUAUUGAGGGAUUGAUUGGCGGUAUAAACAAGUCUGUGAUUUUAAAGGGAGUUAGCUGCGGUAGUAGUAAUCAACUGCAUGCCAACAGGAGCUACCCCCUAGCAGAUGUAGUACCGGUGGAUAGCCCAAACAUUGUCCAGGCAAAUGAAGCUUGCAGCAGUACUGACAUGCGAAAUAUACUGGAGGAACUGGGGGUUUUCAAAGGCUAGAAAUGCCAUUUGCACCUCUGUAUAUAUGAAUUCUAAAUAAUCCCCACCGAAUUUGUAUGCAAAUGUUGAUCCUGGUUUGCAAUACAUUUGAAUCAGCUUUUUUGUUUCUUAAGAUGCGGUUAUUCGCCUUAUGUUGAACCUCAAGAGGGUGUAAUAGUUAUACCGUCUUUCGUACAAAAUACGUGUUUUAAACCCCUUAGCCAGACUAGCCCCUUUGGAAGUGAAUAAAAAUUUUUGGUUGGAAGUUA